UGCCCUCUUACCCAUUACAUUAUCCAACCCCUCCUCCUCCUCCACCUCCUCUUCUCUCUUCUCUCAACUUUCAUGGCCAUGACCAUGAGUGACAACAUGUCUGCCUCCAACGACUGGUUCCAAUUCUACCAACAACAGCAAGAUUUCCAUGGCGUGCCUUCGUCUACGAUUUCCGCCGAUGCCACCGCGGUCACCACCGUCGUUUCCACUGCGGGCGUGACUGCUUCCAGCCCACCACUACUGCCCGGCAUGCUCAAUUCCACCUCCUCAGCAUCCACGUCCACCCACCACCUCAGCCCAGAGGGCCGAGUCGCGAAGCCCGUCCGGCGACGGUCUCGGGCUUCCCGGCGAACUCCCACCACUCUGCUCAACACAGACACCACCAACUUCCGCGCGAUGGUGCAGCAGUUCACCGGCGGUCCAAGUGCACCCUAUGCUCCAACCCCAUCAUCAACGGCAUCAUCAGGCUUGGCCAGUCUGGGCUUCGGCUUCGGGCCGCGACACGCCCACAUAGGCCCGACCGGCGGGCUCAUGGUUGGCCCACCUGCAGGCUACCAUCUUCAGCAGCAUCAGCAACAGCCACAGCUGUUUCAGCAGCAAAACUUGGCAUUCCACGGUAGUAACCCUGAGGCUGGAGAUCAGAGUAGGUUUCUUCAGAGACUAAACAGUAGUAGUAAUAAUAAUAAUAAUCCAAGAGCUUCCAAUAAUGCAACUGAUCUUGGUAUUGGUGGGUUUGUUAUGGAUCAUGGAAGCUUAGGUCGUUUCUUCCCAAGUACCUCUUGAUGAUGAUUAUGAUUCUGAGAAAUCUGAUGAAGACGAAGAAGAUGAAAUUUUACUGUUCAGGAACCCUUAAAAGGUCGUCUUGUUCAAUGGGAACAAGGGGAAGGCAUUUUGCUUUGGUGUCGAUGGAUGAGAGUGACAUAAAGCAGACAAUUAGGUGCUAACUUAGGGAGAAUUGUUGACCAACCUCUGUAAAAUAUAAUUAUUUAUAGUGCACACUUUUUUUUUUAAUC